UCAAAUUAUUUUAAACAUAAACACAAAUGUAUAUAAUUUCAUGUUUAACGUGAGUCGUGAGUAAUAACUUAUGACUUUAUGAGUAUGACUCUUCAAGGCAUACAGAAUAUCGAAUAAUCGAAUGUUAUUUUAUAAUAAUUACUUAUUAAAUAGGCAUGUACAUUUUUCAUGAUUUAAUCUAGUCUCCAGUUUAAUAUUAAAUUACAAAAUUGUUCAAAUUUUUACUGGCUACCGGGUAACUAUACGGUUAAAUAAAUAUCAUAUAUUCUACAUUAAAUUUUGUUUAAAAAAAUGAAUAAUAAAAAUGAUGGAGAGGCUCAUGUACAAAUGUUAACAGAUGUUUGCCAAAAUGUUUGUACAUUUAUCAAAACAAUAACAAUGAAUAACAUGUCAAAUGUUGAUAAGUUAAAUACCUUUGAAAUAAAAAUUAAUGAUUUGCAAUGUAUUUGUUCUAAAUUAAAAACUAAAUUAGAACAAAUUAAUGAACAAGUUAAAACAUUAGCAAGUUUGUUAAAUUUUACAACUGACCAAGAUGCGUCUGCUAUCGAUAUAUUGACUCAAUGGAUUUUAUCACUUUCAAACAAAAAUAUUGAAUAUCCUAAGAAAAGAAAAUUAUAUUCUUCAUAUUCACCUCUAAAGUUGUCUCUUAAAGAUAAAACUGAGAUUAAUGAAAGCACUAAAAAUAACACAAUUUGUACAAAACCUGAAAAAGAAAACAAAAUUAAAUGUCAAAAUGAAUUAAAUAAUAUAUGGAAAUUACAAGUUAAGCGUGAUGGAAAUCCUUCUGAUUUAUUAAAGAAAUCUAAACAAACCACAUUAAUGCUUCGACCACAAAAAGAAAAGGUGAAGAUGGAUAUUACUACAUUCAGCAGUCCUACACCUAAAAUAUCAGUAUUAAAUUCUUCUAGUUUGUUUAGUCCUGAGAUAUUAAAUUUGAAAAAUUAUACAACUAAUGAUAAUACAAUAUGUGAAACAAAUAUAAUUCAUAAUACAGGACUAAAUGAUUCGGCUAAUAUUUCUUCAAGUAAUUUUAAUACAAUUAUCAAGCCUAGUAAAAAUAUAUUGUCUAUAAUAAAAACAAAUACUUUAAAUUCAAAAGAAACAAUUACUUCACAUAUUCAAACUGAAAAACAUGAUCAUUCAAAUGAUGAAACCAAUUGUAGCCCAAUAAAUAUAUCAAUGAGUGUUUUAAAUAAUACAACAACACUUAAAAAACAAAUCAAAAUUCCUAACGGAAAUUUAUUAGAUAGUUUUGAUAUUAUUCCUGGGUUGAAUGAUAAAAAAAAUGACUUACCCAAUUACAAAUUUAAAGAAGAUCCUGUUAGAAAACAAAAUGAACGAAAGUUGUUAAAUGGUUGGGAUUGUAAAGACUGUUGCAAAUUUUAUGAAGAAAAUAAUGAUAAUCCUAUAGAUGCAAAAAAUGCAAUGAAUCACUUUUCAAGACAUCGUUCUCAUAAACAUCAACAUCACGCUCCAACACCACCAGGAUUUUGGGAUCCAAUGUAAUAUCGCCAUAGAUAUAAAAUUCCUGUAUUAUAAUUGAUUUUAAUCAGCUUUUUAACUUAUAAGCUCACAUAUUUUUUAUAAGUACUUUAUUGUUAAAUAAUAAAUAAUAUAAUAAUUGGGUCUUAACUCUUUUAAGAUAUUAUGUAAAAAAUAAAUAAUUAUAUUCUACAGAAAUAAAAAUUAAAUAUUCAAUGUGUUAUACAAAUUAUUAAUGUCUAACACAGCAACGAGCACCUCCUAGUGCCACUAGUUAUAAAUAGCAUAUUUAAAAAUAUAUUUAAUAUAAAUCUACAAUUUGUAAAUUAUUAAUAUUUAAUAAAUUCAUUACAUUAUUAUUAUUAUAGUAUGUAUAUACUGAUAUAAAUAUUAGAUCAAUUAUAUUUUUCAAGUAUAAAUUAAGUAUGACAAAUAAUAAGUUAAUAAUAUAUUCAAAUAAUGAAUAUAAAAGUUAAUUAAAUAUGAUUUUUUUUAUUGAUUUAUAAUAACUUAAUAAUAGUCAUGUAGGUAGAUUAGCAGAUUAAGUAACUUAAUGUAUUGAAUUCAUUAUUCAUUG